AUGGUAUACUUUCCCGGAACUCAAUACCGAUCUCAUACCAGUUGCAUGACCGAAGAGCAAAAGUAUCAAGGCUCCCUAUACAAGGAUAAGAACAAGAGGCUCAAGACACACGAUAACCCCGACGACGCCACCAAACCCACCGAACACAGCAAGAGAGGCUCCAACAUGGCGCCGCACGCCUACGUCGAGGACGCCGAUGAGACCUGGAAGGACUACCAGGGCCCCACCGAUGACGAGCGCUCUCCUGCCAACCCCCUGCCGGAGGCCCCGACGCCCCCCGGCGGCGACGACGACGGUGUCAACGUCUUUGACUUCCUCGUCGCCACCGGCCAGACCCCCAACGCCUCUACCCUGGGUCUACCUGGCGAUGAGCACGACGAUGGCAGCAGGUCGCUGGUCCCCUACGAAUACGACCCCGAGGAGUACCUCGAUCCCGCCAGCCUGGCCGACCGUGAGGAUGCCCUCGGCCCCUACGAGACCCCCGCCGCGGCCAAGAAUGACCGCCGCCGGGCCAAGGAGGGCGACAUCAAGACGGACAAGAAGAGGAAGCGCCCCCACCCUCAUCUCGAGAUCCCCCGUGAUCAGAUCAUGACGGAUGCGCCUCCCGUCCUCCACUCAGGCCUGACCGGCGGAUUGAAGGGCCUCAUGCGUCCGAUACUGCCUCCUUCCCCCGACUACUCUGGCGGCGACGUGGCCGAACCUUGCCCUGCCAGCCCGCUCAAGAAGACCAAGCAUUCGAAGCACCACAAGAAUGGCCAAGUCAGCAGCAGCAUAUUUGGCAUGAUGUCGGCCGCCGGAAAGUCCAAGUCUUCGUCCAAGAAGCACAAGUCCAAGAAGCACUCGUCGCAUCAUCGCCGCGAUAAGAGCCCCAAGCUCAUCGAGUACCGCCCCCAGUCCAAGGACGUCAAGGAUGGCAAGACUGGCGAGGAGGGCCAGAUGGUCGUCUUCAAACCCCGUGCCGACGUCUUCUUCGACUUUGUCAACAAGGGCCCCGAGAGCGAGCGAGGAUGCAGCAUGAACAAGACUCUCAAGCGCUUCCACCGCGAGCGCCAGGCAGCUGGUUCCAACUUGGCCAAGCAGGUCGAAGAGAAGGAGCUCUGGCGUGACAUUCGUCUUCGUCGCAACGACCGCGGCGAGAUUGUACUGUUCUCCAUCUGA